AUGUACUCGUACCAGGGCCAGACGAAGCCCAGGAUAAUGGCUGCUAUACCCGGCCCAACUGUUGGAAAGACCACGAAAAAAUUUCGAUUAAUCGGAAGUUUCUCGAUAUCUCCCCAGGUUCCUCGUCGCAAGAAACCGAGUCAGCUGGAUAAGAACCCCAACGGGUCGCCAAUAGCAUCUUCACGAAACCCGACGACGACGAAACCGGAACCGGAAUUGAUGAAGAAAAGAGCCGCUGAUUCCGACGACGAGACUGACAAGCAUUUGCCGAAAGUCGUGGGAUUUCAUCGCUGGCCCAAGACCCCGGCAGUGCGGAGACUCAGAUUGCCCCAAAGCAAGUUCUUUCGACGCAUGUGCGACGACUGCGGCUAUGGAACGAAAACCCGGAUCGUGCUCUUUGAGCACUUUGAAAAGCUGCACAAAAUUGACGAUGGUGUCCGGUGUCUCGAAUGCGGGCGGUAUUUUGCGAAACAGGAAGAGUUGGACGAGCACAACGAGUUGCACUAUCAAGAAGUCGUGGAUAAGGUGUCUUGCAUUACUUGUCGGUCGAUCAUCAGUUAUCCUUCUCUGAAAACCCACGUACGGAUGAUACACAAGGGUCGACUGGGUCGGACAAAGGCCGAACGAGAAAGCAUGGGUGUGAAACUCCUCGCUUGUCCUCAUUGUCCUUAUCAGGUUUUGCAUCGAGACGACUUUUUACUGCAUCUUUCCGCGUUUCAUGCCAACGACGAGUUGCCUUUCCCGUGCGACGAAUGUGGCGAACGCUUCCAGAAGAGUCAGAUGUUGGUGAAGCACCGGAGCGAUUUGCAUCCCAAGACUGCGAGAGAAUACGGACCGUUGUAUAAAUGCAAAGAAUGCGAUUUGAAGUUUGACGAUCGCAGGAAGAUGAACCACCACAGACUAACACAUAGGCCUAAUCAAGGAAAGCAGCUUUGUCCGGACUGUGGGGAAUUCAUGGGGCCAGCAGCCUUGAGAGACCACAUGACUUUGGCUCACGGUCAUCCACCGACUAGAGAAUGCAAAGAAUGCGGGGAAUUUUUCCCGACCGCCAUGAAAGUCCGGCAACACCAAGAAGCCGCCCAUGGGCGUCCCCUGCCCAACACCAACACCAUGCGUCGUUUGAAGGUCUGCGAGGACUGCGGCAAGUCCUACAAGGGACGAACAGCCUACAAUUUCCAUCGGGCCAGGCAACACGGAGACGAGCUGGAAGUGGGACACUAUCCCUGCACCACUUGCGGAAUCGUGUUCCCUACGAUGUUUCAGCGAAGAACGCAUUAUCAGGGGGCCCAUGGUUGGGCGAAUAAUUACCAGAUGCAGUUUGGCCUCGAGUGCAAAUUUUGCGAUGUGGCGUGUCCGGAAAAGGCGGAUUUUAAAGAGCAUAUGAAGGAUGUGCAUGGGAUGACGAUUGCCAUGAAGAAGAUUCCGCUUUACGUGAAGCAGCGGGAGAAAGGUGCGCAACUGAGGCUCUACAAAAAGGGGGAUAUUCCUUUGAAUCCUCCAACUGUUUUCUAAAUGAACAUUUGGUCCAACAAAAAAAGAGAAAUGCCCUCUUUGAUGUGAUUUACGUUAUUGAAUGAUGAGCAGAGCGUAAAUGUUGUGAGAUUCUGUUUUGAAAGACAGAAAGCACGGAAUCUCCUGAUUUCAACUGAUUUUGAUCCUAGAUCAAGAAUUGUUUCUGUUCAAAAUAUUAAAACAGCAAACAAACACUUUAUCAAAGUAUUUAAUCUUUGUUUGCUGUGGAUUUUCUUCAUCUGAUAGCUGCAAAUGUAAAACUGCAAAAAUUUGAACUUUCAUUUUCGAAUUGCCUUAAUUUGUUAUGAUGAACGGUUACUUGAUUUAAUGUGAAAACUUUCAAUUCCCUUCUAGGAAUUCAUUUGCCGGUCAGUGCCUUAAAAAUUAUCAAAAGCGCAAGUUCACUGGAAUGAUGACGUUGGCAAGAAUAUUUUGCAUAUCUUUAUAGGCAAUUUUUUUCAUGUUUUUGUGGGUGUGAGUGAAAUCUGCUAUGUUAUUCCAAAUUUGCGAUGGGUGUCCUUGUUUCUGGAUUGCUUGGUGUUCGUGGAAUAAUUAUUUUUGGUUCAUGUUGCGAGGAUAUUUUCGAAAGUUGUUUCAUACACAAGAAGGUCCCUGAGGUCAAUUCCAGGGGGAAAAACAUUCUCUAGGUAUAACAGUCCAGAUAUAAUAGCUUGCUUUGAUAGCCAUUAAUUUUGGUGCACCUCUUGAGUUCCAUAGCAUUGAUAAAAUCAUGUUUUUCAAUUUAUCCUUCACAUCUUUUGUCUGCUUGUUUAGAAGAAAGUGCUGAAAACUUUUUUUCUUGAGUAAAAUGGGUUUUGAGUUCCGUUUUGCGAUACUUUUUCAUCUUUUUUGAAGCCUUAUUAUUCUUAUUUAGAAACAUUUUGAUUUUUGGAUAACGUCUACUUCAUUUAUUGCUGAGCAUGUGAUUCUGAGGAAUCAGCGAUUCUGUUACAUUCUACUGUAAUGUAUUUAUUUUUCUCAUAGUUCCAGUUGGAAAUGUGAUAAUUAAAAAUUGGAUAAAUCCUUAAGAAAAAUGCAAGUAUGAAAAAGAAAAUCGGGAGCUUUGGGCGAUUAGAGGACUUCUGAAAAUAUCCUGGCGUUCCAUUCUGUGAUCAGUACUGUAUUCGAUUCAUGCCACUCAUUUCUUUGUUCACGAUUUUUAUUCGUUUCUGAGUUCGUUUGUGUGAUUCCGAAAACAGUUUGGAUGAGAGAAGAAGCCAUGUGAUCGAUGCUCGGCUUUGCUUCUCUGGAGAUCCGUGGUGGAAGUCGAGUUAAUUUUUUUUUUUAUCGCAACU